UUUGCACUAACGAUUAAAAAAAUACACGUUUCAUUUCUAUUGUGUUUGUUAUUGAUCAAUGAGUUUGUUUAAGCCAACUUUAUUUUUAAUUGUUUUGUUGCCCUAAGUUCGUUCAGAAUCUAGCUACAUGAUGGAGGACGAUGGAGAAAUCGGAUCUGUUAUGGGAUUCUCUGGGUUUGGUAAGAAAGCUCGCACAUUUGACUUCAAUGCCAUUUUUGAGCAGACCAGACGAACUGCAAUUGAAAGGAGUCAGCGUGUGUUAGAGGAUCGAGAGAGGGAGGCUCAGAUGGAGGUGGAAGGAGAGAGCUCCAAGUCAGUCAAAGCAUCAGUUCAAAGUGAGGGAACCAAAGCGUCUGCUGCGGCCUCCAGAGCACAGAAAAGCGGGAGCGGCAGUGAUGACAGUGAAUCUGACUCUGAGCUGGUCGGACCUCCGCCGCCCCCUCGGCCUGAUGCUCAGGAGGACGAUGAGCUUGUGGGACCACCUCUUCCACCUGGUUACACUGGCAAUACAGCAGUCAGUGAUGACGAGGAUGAUGAUGAUGAAGGGGGAACACAAGAGGAUGAUGAUGAUGAUCCAGUGAAGAAAAUUCCAGACACUCAUGAGAUAAUUCUGCAGCAUGGCACCAAGACGGUAUCAGCUCUUGCCUUGGACCCGUCCGGAGCCCGUUUGGUGACUGGGGGCUACGAUUAUGACGUGCGGUUCUGGGACUUUGCCGGCAUGGACCAGUCUCUGCAGGCCUUCAGAUCCCUGCAGCCCUGUGACUGCCAUCAGAUCAAGUCCCUGCAAUACAGCAUCACUGGUGACGUCCUGCUGGUGGUUUCUGGUAAUGCACAAGCGAAGGUUCUGGACCGGGAUGGCUUCAACGUCAUGGAGUGUAUAAAGGGAGACCAGUACAUUGUAGACAUGGCAAACACAAAGGGCCACACAGCUAUGCUGAACAGUGGUUGCUGGCAUCCCAAGAUGAAGGAGGAGUUCAUGACUUGUUCAAAUGAUGGCACCGUGCGCACGUGGGACGUGAAGUCAGAGAAGCAGCACAAGUCUGUCUUUAAGCCUCGCUCUUUUCAAGGGAAAAAGGUCAUCCCCAUUUGCUGCACCUACAGCCGCGACGGAAAGCUCAUUGCAGCGGGGUGUCAGGAUGGCAGCAUCCAGAUCUGGGACAGGAACUUAAGCGUCCACACAAAGUUCCACUGUCGGCAGGCUCAUGCUGUAGGAUCAGACACCUCCUGCCUCUGCUUUUCCUAUGACGGUGUGACUCUUGCAUCACGAGGAGGUGACGACACUCUGAAGGUUUGGGAUAUACGAAGUUUCAGGAAGCCGGUGAAUGAAGCUUCUGGACUGACCAACUACUUUUCCAUGACUGACUGCUGUUUUAGCCCAGACAACAAGCUUCUGCUGACAGGGACCUCUGUGAAGAGAGAGCAGGGAUCUGGGAAGCUGGUUUUCUUUGACAAACUAUCCUUUAAGAGGGUCUAUGAAAUAGAAGUCACCAACGCGAGCGUUGUCCGCUGCCUGUGGCACCCAAAGCUCAACCAGGUCAUGGCGGGUACUGGAAAUGGACUGGCCAAGGUUUACUAUGAUCCAGUUAAAAGCCACAGGGGUGCAAAGCUGUGUGUUGUGAAGAGCCAGCGCAAAGGGAAGCAUGCAGAGACAUUAACACAAGAUUACAUCAUCACACCUCAUGCCUUACCCAUGUUCAGAGACGCCAGACAGAGGAGCACACGGAAACAGCUGGAGAAGGACAGACUCGACCCAAAGAAAUCCCACAAACCCGAGCCUCCUGUGUCGGGACCAGGGAGAGGAGGCAGAGUAGCAGCACAUGGAGGGACUCUGUCGUCUUUCAUCGUGAAGAACAUCGCUUUAGAUAAAACUGAUGACAGUAACCCGCGAGAGGCCAUCCUGCGUCACGCCAAGGAAGCUUCAGAGAACCCGUACUGGGUCGCACCAGCCUACAAAGAGACCCAGCCGGAGCCCGUGUUUGCCGAGGAAUCGGAUGAGGAUGAGGAAGCUGACAAAGAGCCAGAGUGGAAGAAACGCAAAAUCUAAAAAUUCAGGAGUAGCUGAUUUUAUUGAAGAAGUCAGAGAUGACGGACAGUCACAACGAUGCAUUUUUCCUUUUUUUAUUAUUAUUAUUUUUUUGUUAAAUCGGGUUUGCAGGGGAGGCAUAAAUCUAUUCUCAGCAUAAAAGCUUGAUGGAGCUUCUUACAGGUUUAUGUUCUACUUUCAAACCCGUUGGAGGAACUUUUAUGUCUGUUUUGAUUGCAAGGACUGUAUUUCCAUAACUUCCAUUGUUCUCCCAUGUCACAUUUCCAGAGUUUGCCAAUGCGUCGUAAAUCAGCUCCAGAUUUUGCGGUCUGGUGCUGUUUAUCAUCACAUAUAACAGCUUGCAGACUGUAAAUUACAAAGAUGUAUAAAAAAUGUUCAGCUAAUUUUGUUUGCAAGCAUUUCUUUUAAGAUUUGAACGUUUUAAAGCUCUUUUCUCCAUUACUUUAAGUCUUUAAAAAAGAAAGGUAUCAGUUUCUUGUCAGAAGUUGAUGGAUUUCAUCUCGAGUGGGAUGGACUUGGUUUUACCUGCUGAUCAAAGAAAUACCUUUCCUGUGAGGCAUUAGCACAAACCUGCUGGCGAUUUAUGUUGAACCUUCAGAAUUUUACACCACAGCCAUUCAUGAUUGUUCCAAAAAUGCUACAGUUUGUGGCUAUUUACAUGUGAAGCCCUCUUAUGGUUUCUGGUUUUAAGUGUUUGCUUCUUUUAGUCUAAUGAUGAAGGGGGAACCCGGCUUUCAGAACCAGAUGAAUGGUUGAAUAAAAAAGUUCACACUUUU